GCGAUGAAAAUUAAUUCCAAUUCAGUCGCAAUACAGCCUCUCUGCUGAACGCACUAGCAUUACUCUUAUCUCAUUGAUUACCGCUCAUUAUCUAUUACCGUUUUUUAAAAAAUCAACUGGCGAUUGACCAUUGACUUAUUUUUGAAACAUUUUAAUGGAUUCCAAGGCAACAUCGCAAUUACGAUAACCCGAUCUCAAAACAUCUGGGGAUUGAUAAGAAACCUGUUUUGAACUACUGAAUGUUUAUCAAUUUAAUUUGUUGAGUAACAGUUAUCAUCGACGGACUAAUCAACGAUGAAGUGUCUCGUGUUGCUCUUUCUUCUUUCCAUCGGAGAUACUUUUUUAAUCCGUCGUAAUCCGAAGGUGAUCAUCAUUGGCGCUGGUCCAGCCGGUAUUGCUGCUGCCUCUAGACUCAUUCAGAAUAAUAUUGAUGAUGUCAUUAUUCUGGAAGCUGAGAACAGAUACGGCGGGAGGAUCUACUCCACGAAGAUCGGUGAAUAUUGGGCCGAUCUUGGAGCUCAAUGGGUCCAUGGAAACGUCGGAAAUAUCGUCUACGACAUGGCCUGGCCUUUGGGUCUUCUCUCGACGUCUCGUGGUCCAGGACAGCCUGAAGACCCGCCCUUCAUACCGAAGCUUUACGGAUCCUCAGGGAGUUCAUUACCCGAAGACUUGACCCAAAGUUUGUUUGAUUAUCUCGAUUUAAUUACGCAUAAUUACAGCAGACUUGAAGAUCUGAGGACUGGAUCCUUUGGAGAAUACGUGGAGCUGAGGCUGACUGAUUGGUUUGGCAACCAUUCAGAAAUCGGUAAUGAUCUGCGUCAAUCUCUUAUGGAGAAUGUUCAAUUGACGAUGAUGUCAGCUGAAGGUGCGGAUGACUGGUACAAAGUAUCGGUAUUUGGACCUAGAGAUUCUCCGGCGUGUCCGGGCUUCGACGAGAUCAAUUGGAAGGAAAAGGCUUACAGUACAGUCUUCGAUAUCUUGAUCAAAAGAUUGCCGAAUCCUGAAGAAGAGCUGCCUGUCUUGAAUAAUAUCUUUCUCAAUAAGAAAGUGUCGAGGGUAAUUUAUGCUGAUGAGGGAUCGGUCAAAGUAGCCACUACCGAUGCAAGCGAAUACUCUGCCGAUCAUGUUAUUUUCACUGGGUCACUUGGAGUUCUCAAGGCCGAUCACUCCACCAUUUUCGAUCCACCUUUACCAGAGGGGAAUAGAAAGGCUAUUGAACAGAUCGGUAUGGGGGUCAAUGCGAAAAUCCUUCUUUAUUAUGAAAAUCCAUGGUGGAAACCUAGGGAUUACACCCUCACGUCCUUCUUCUGGACGAAGGAAGAUCGAGAGGAAAUCGAGAAGACUCCUGAAAAAAAAUGGAUGCUGGGGAUCAUAGAUGAUAAUAUAGUCGAGUACAAACCGAAAUUGUAUUUGCUAUGGAUGAGUGGACCCUACGCUGAACAGAUGGAACUUGUCCCCGAUGAACAACUCAGGCGUGAUAUUCUGGAAUUUUUGCAGAAAUUUUUUGGAAAACGAUUCAAUGUCACUGAGCCGACGAGAAUAGUCAGAUCUUUUUGGAAUACUAAUCCGAAUUUUCGGGGGACUUAUAGUUAUCAGACGAUGCAAUCUAUUGGAGAGGGACCGCGUCGUCUUGGUGCACCGGUAAUGAGGAGAGGAAUUCCGGUUGUUCAGUUUGCUGGGGAAGCCACUGAUCCCAGACAUUUUUCAAAUGUUCAUGGUGCGAUAGCUUCCGGAUGGCGGGAGGCGGAUCGACUUAUUGAUUUGUACUCCGGGAAAUAGAUAUCAAUCGGUGGAAAGGAAACAGUUAAUUCCCAUUUUACAUAUUUUACAUUACACUGUACUUUAAUUAUUUAGUGAAUGUCUAUUUUUUUUUAUUUGUAAUUUGUUAUUCGGAAUGACUCAUUACUCAUUGGGUGUAUUAAAGUAAUUGUUUUUUAUUAAUUUGAA